AUGGAGACAAAGUCUGAAGAUUUCAACGAGUUCUAUUUGGUUUGGGAGAGCAGUUGUCGAAACUUCAUCGAAGAAAUCAACUUUGCUUCUCAAGACGCCAAGUCAUCACUCAAGCUGCAUGUUUUUCUAAGAAAAGACACGCCAUUGAAAGCGCUUCCACCGAACGACAUCUGGAUAGAGAAUCACUUUUCCUUGACGUCUUCUCCAUAUGCAUCAAAUACGGGGUUUACAGCCUACCUUCUGAGGAAAUAUGGAGAUUUUGAGGACCUCGACGAUAACAAGACGUUGUGGGUGUAUUUGAUUUCUGAGCGGGAAAGACAGCACGAAGAGCUCAUUGCCAUUUUGAAGUCGUCUAGUCCUUAUUUGAAUGUUAAAGAGAUUAACGGAACGGAGAAUGACAUUUUUAGCGUUCUGUCGAAUUCGUGUCCUUUCUGUCGCCUCGUCUUCUCGAACGCUGAAGAGACAGAACAGCACAAUCUAGAAGAACAUGACUAUUUUUGUGACAACCAAGCAUGUUAUGGCUAUCAUCAAAGAUUUCGUUCCGAGGAAAUCCUAGUCAAACAUAAAGCUGCCCAGACGACCUGCCCAAACUGCGGGAAGCUGUUCUGUUCAGAAGAUCUAAAAUCAACGCACAUAAAAAAUGCGCACAACAUCUUCCUUCCCACUCCAAAGGCCGAAAAGAAAGCAGCACUCUUUACUCAAAUAGCUCGAUCUGCAUUAAAAAAGCGAAUAACGUGCAAGUUCUGUCCUCAUAAGGAAUUUAUUUCCCACGAACAAAAAGAAGUUCACAUGAAAAACUCUCACAAGAAAUGCAACUGUUCUUGCGGCCAAUAUUUUCCUACAAGAGAGGAGUAUUUGGAUCAUUUUUACAGCGUGUACCCACUUCCUUGUUAUGAAAACCGCAAAUGCCCUCAGAGAUUUCAGUCCGUUUUCUACCAGGCAUCGCAUCACAGAGAUUUUCACAAUUCGCAGAAUCCGUUUUAUUGUGUUCCUUGCCAGAAGAGAAAGACUGAGAACGAAUUAUCACAGGCGACUAAGACGUGUUUCAAAGAUGACAAAAGCUUGCGUAUACACGGCGUUUCCUUGGGUCACAAUGAAAUUGAAAUGUUUUUGCUCGAUUCAGUCGAUGAUGCACUUAAAGUGACUGAGACGGCGGCUAUACAAAGAAAACCUCCUACAAGAACCUGCUCGAAUUUAAACCACUGCUGA